AUGGCAAGCUCCAGUGCAGCUAGGUGCGCAGCUGUGUCCAACUGCGGUGUGAGGCCCAAACACGGGACCAAUCAGAGGAGGAGAGUUGAUGUCAGUAUAGUUCAUACUAAAGCUUUGGGAAGGGGGAGACAACUGAGAGAGGUGCGGAGUCGUAUCCGCUGUGCUGCCAGCAAUCAUGGGGAGGGAGCAGAAAGUUCUCCCGACGAGUUUGACAUCAAGAGACUGGAAAGUUACACAGAGCUUGUCCCUGGGGAGGUGCUUUCUGUGAGGGCGGAAGUUGAUGGCGAGGAUGAUGAGGUGAUCAUCUUCAAGGGAUUUUCGUCAUCGUUGAUGAGACCGACUGCUACCGAUCCUGGGGAGCCAGUUCUUCCAAAAAGCGCAAAAGUAAGCGGAAUUGAUCGGAUAAAGGCACCUUACAAGCCAGCAAACAUUGUAUAUAUGGAACAAGACGUGAGUUGGCAAGAUUUCCAAGAAAGGCUAGACAAGGCGGGGCUUUGAGAAAGUACGUUGCGGCAGAUUAUUAUGUCUGUGGCCGGCCAUCAUUGAUAUCUGACCGCGACACAAAGAGUUGCAGACAUGGCAGGUGGUGCCAGGCUAAGCUCACGUGGAGGCGGCACAACUGUCAAGCUUGGUAUUUCAUUUAGCAAUUCUACUGGCACGGUGUUGCUUCAAGCACGCCCGAGCGAUUGCAGACGGAAUGAUGGUAUUGCGUGUUUAUCAAUUGUUACGAACCUGCCUUCAGC